AUGGCUUCCGAAGAUACAAGAAAUGAGGAGGGACCCGUCAUUCAUUUGAUCUUUGAGAACUUUCGCAGUGAACUUGAUGAACAUCACGACCGACGCGAGAGAAUAAUCAAAGCAUCCCGAGACAUAACUGCAUUGAGUAAAAAGAUCAUAUUCGCCCUACAACGAGUCCGAACAAUCAACGCCCCCCUGCCACCUAAUAUCACCAAAGAAAACAAAACCCGCUUCACCCAAAUCAUGGACCUUUUCAAGUCCAUCGCUCCCGAGCUCACCGGCACAAACUCCUGGCGCUACCAGCGACAAAUUUCCGGCGGAAUCCAAGAAUUCAUCGAAGCCAUCUCCUUCGAGCACUACAUCAAAACCCAAAGCCUCAUCACGCGCGACGAGGUUGCCGCUCAAUUACCGGACGGGAUCAUCGUUACGGAGGAUGACUAUUUGAUGGGUAUAUAUGAUUUGACGGGUGAGAUGAUGCGGUUUGCGGUUACAACGCUUUCGACGGGUGGGCAGGUGAAGAAGAGUGAUGUGAAGGAUGAGAGUGAAAUGGAUGUUGAUACCGAGAAUCAAAGUGGGCCCGCGCAGAAAUAUCCUAUUUUCCCGCCUGAAAAAGCAGGUAUUGUGGUUGAUUUGAGGAAUAUGAGGGCUAUGUUGGAAAAGCUGAAUGUUCCGAGGAGACAUAGCAGUCAUAUGAUGAAGGACAUGAAUAAGAAGAUGGAUGUGAUGCAGAGCAGUGUGGAGAAGGUGGAGAGGGCUGCGUAUGGAUUGUUAGUCAGGGGCAGUGAAAGACCGAGCGGAUGGACGCCGGAUUUAUCAUCUGUUACUACAGGUGCAGGCGCUACCAAUGUGGAGGUUGAAAGUUAUUGA